UGCAGCUUAAGCUGCUGAAGACAAUGGGGGUAACCCUGAUAAAUAAUCCAAGGGCUAUUUGCAAUGCAGUAAAUAGCCUUAAACAAGGUGGAGUGAUUGGUAUACCUACAGAUACAGUUUACGGUUUGGCAUGUAAUGCAACCAACCUACAAGCCAUAGACAGUUUAUACCAAAUCAAGACUAGAGAUUACCAGAAACCUUUAGCUAUCUGUGUGGGAGAAGUUGAUGACUUUAUGAAGUGGGCAGAGGUGGGACAUUUGCCUGCGGGAUUAUUGGAGCGAUUGCUGCCAGGACCUGUAACUCUGAUUUUGCAUACAAAGAAGACAAGUGCUCUGGACAAAUCCUUGGUAUGUAAAGGCAAGGUGGGCAUCCGAAUUCCAAAUUAUAGCUUUAUCAGGGAUGUAGCCAAUCAUCUGCAAGCGCCCAUAGCUUUGACCAGUGCCAACUUAAGUAGUCAUCCAAGUUCUGUGAGUGUGGAGGAGUUUCAGGCAUUAUGGCAUAAAUUGGAUGGUAUCUAUGAUGGAGGUCAUUUGGGUGAAUCCCACAGGGGAGCAUCAACAAUCGUCGAUUUAUCUCAGAAAGGACUUUACGAGAUCGUCAGAGAGGGAAUGGCCUGUGAGAGUACAGUGGGAAUAUUAGCAGCGUUUGGUUUUACACGCAAAUAACAAUAAUUUUCUAAAUAAAUU